UAUCGUUUCUAUCUUAUGCUAAAGUUUUCCUGAAUUUUCAACACAUUCGAGAAAUUCCAAAUUAUUACGAAUAUUGUGAACUGAAUAGUAAUCCUGAAAAUUUGUAGGAUUAAAUGACACAAUCAUCCAAUUGUCGCAAGAAUGCGUUCACUGCCGUCGAUGACGCGAUGCUAACGCCAUAUGUGUAACUAUUAACGCGCGAUUUACAUACGUGUUUAUUUACUUCUUUAAUUAUUUACCGCUCUUGGCCCUUUACUUUCAAACAAGGUAUUUCGUUAAUUAAUGAAAGUGAAAAUAGCACUGGAAACUAGCCACAGUCGUCAUAGUGUUCGUAUCUCUUAGUACUUAGCAUUGUUUGAAUAAAUUAUUAGGAAUUCUUUUAUAAAUACUUGUUUCAGAUACUAGAAAUUAGUUCAAAUUCCAUAGAACUGUACAACGCUUCAUAUUCCGUCGUAAUUACUAUUUUCAAAUCUACGAAGCUUCCACCUUCGUUAAAAUGGAAAGGCACGAUUGAAAAACACGCAAAGAAGAUACAGAGAAACACACGGCCCAAGACCUUUUUUUUUCUCUAAGCCUUUCUCCUCGUUAACGCACGAUAAAUUACUCGUCACGCACGUUCGUAAAUCGCCAGGAUUACGCAAACUUCCUUGCAAUGGAAGAUAUCGAAAAAAGUGCAUCGUGCAACUUAUGGCGGAAUAAAACAGAGACGCUGGUAAACAUCGAGAUCGAAAACGGAAGAAAGGCAAACGAUCAUAAACGAGAGGCGUCAUCAACGCGGCAGGCGUCAAGCGGAAGCAUACGCCGGCCGAUAACAGCGUCGUAUAAAUAGCUAUUAUUUUCCAGCCACGUGGCCUUACGUAGCGUGACGAUCGUCCGUUGCGACGCGUUCGAGGGUGCGUUCGAUGGCGAUGGAUCAUGGAUCACGCGUCGAUCGCUUCGCGUGCGCUCGGCCAAACCCUCCGACAAAUGUGUCACGUGGCUGCAAUCGGUAUCAAUUAUCGCGUGUGGUCGUGUCGUUCGUCGAACUGAAACGCGUGUUCCCAUUGCUUUUCGCUUGGCGUCAUUCGCAUUUCCGAUGCCAAAUUGGAUUUCCACGACGGAUCGAGAGUUUUGUAAUAUUGUUCCUGCAGCGGGGAUUAGUUUGGUCAAAUUUGGGGUGGACAGUUUGAUGCGAUACUUUUCUCGUUCGAUCCCGGCAUUCGUGGGAUUCUCGUUCGUUUGUUUCAUCUUAUGGAAGAUCGUUCCUUCGAUCUCGCGAGAGACGUCUGUUAUAAAAAUCUGUAUGCUACAAGAUAGUUUUUAUUCGAUAUUGCAUGCUCGUUUUUUGAGGAUAGUAGACUUUUGUUCAUUUUUAUCGUUGCAGAUAAGAGAGAGAGAAAGAUAAGAAAAGAGAGAGAGAGAGAGAGAGAGAAUGGUGUUCGACUGUUCGCGGAGAGACGCGAUCGCAAGGAAGCGCGUCAGCGGGAGUCGUAACUUCCUGUUACGAUUAUACAAUCGACGCCACGAAAUGAUCGAUCCCAUAUUUCGUUUAGAGUAAUAGAGGUGGUUGAAUUAAUUCUAACACUGAGAUAACAGGUUACAAUUUACACUUUAUUCCAACAAAUUGUACACAAGAUGGUUACGCUCGAUGUGUAUAGAUAUAAGUUAACUAAAUGGCUGAUCUAAGGUUGACAAACCGGUGCAAAGAUGUUGACUGAGUCAAAGAUGUAAACUCAAUGUAGAGAUGUUGACUCAUCUGUAGUCGAUGAAUCAGUGAAGUUCGGUGACGAUGCUGUCGCAGAGAAAAAGAGAAAGCUCUUGCUAACAUUGGUCGCUUGCGGGUAGAAAUCCCUGGAAAAGUGGGAAAACCCUUGUUUCCGCAUUUUUUACCUGAUGGAACAAUAACCAUAAGCAACAUUUUGACUUGAAGGUGUUUUAUAUCACUUAACGGCCUUAACGGUAAAAUCGAAAUGCUUAGUUUUAUUACAGUCCCUUAGGAUUAUUGAGGUCCGACUAAUUCUAAUAGCACAGCCAGUGGCCCCCUCGAUCGAAGGAUGGUUCUAGGUUACAUAAAGUCACCGGACGUAACAAAUGGUAUUGGCAGGAAAAUACCGGAGAUGAACAACGCUGUGGAUUUUUUAGUAAGAAAAUAAUACUAGUUUCACUACCGCUGUCGGUGCAAUUGUAUUUUUCUAUCUCCUUUUUUAUUUCGAUACGAGCACUCGAUGUUGAUAUAAGCAACUCAGCGAGCAGCGCAGUAAAUCAAACAUUGUAACGCAAACGACUUCUUCCAGGUUCUUCGAUUAAUUUCUAAUGAAAAUAAUAUACAAUUCCUGAAGAUAAUACCAAGUAAACUAACGUAAUACUAUAAUAAGUAUAAUAGAGUAUAAGUGACUUAUAUAUACAGAAUGACUUACAAAUACUAGCGCGUAUUCAAAGAGCCCAUGAAUAUUCUUGUAAGCCAGGAAUAUAGCAUAUUUCCAGCUACAGAAUAUUUUCAAACUUUGUUAUAAAUUAUGCAAUAGUAUUUACAUAAAAAUUCACCUCAAUAAGAGUUACUGAAGCGGCUCGAUGAUCGUGUCUCGAGGCGGUAGACGCGAGAAGAGCAUCUCGACGUCUGAAACAACUGAAAAAUACCACCAUGUACCUAGGCAAUAUGUCGAUUACCGUUUCUGUGCAUCGUGUAUGCAAGCUGCGGCAACGUGCAUCCGGCUCGUCGCACGUGCACUACCGUUACGAACGAUACGACAAAACUUCAGCAGCCGUGCCACCAGGAAACACGGUACAACUGACCAUCCUUUUCUUUCUUUCCUCACUGACAGUUGAACAAGCGAUUGCUAAUGUCGGAUACACGAGACGCAAUUUAUUCACCAGCAAGAAACUAGUUCCUCGUGUGAAUAUACAUAGGAUGCGUUUCGAAGAGCUACGGGCUAAAGAAAUGGACAAAUUUGGGGAUGUAGGUUCUCAUGUUUAACAUUCCUGCAUCUGCGGUGCGCACGAGUUAUCUGAAAAGGAUUGAAUGUGUUUUGUGUGCGAGCGUAGACGUGAGAAAAUUUUUUACUAUGGAAAUUUGCAUAUGUUGUACAGAUCUUUUAUAAGCGCAAAGAUAGUGGGUAUUUAAACACGAACUUGACGUUUCUAAUGGAGAUAUUGUCAUUCGUAACACGAUAGAAUUUUUUUAAACGAAUCGCAGAAUAUGAAUCUUAUGGAAGAGCGCGAAUUAACGAGGUUCCAAGGACUCGGGGCCGCGUUAAAUCCUCUUGAAGAAAAUCGUAUCAUAUUAAAAAUAAAAAGGAAUAUCGUUUUACCUAAGAGUAUCAAGGGGUUAAUUUCUUAACGUAAAGUGGAAUAAUUUGUUCAUCAUUUAAUAUCGAUAUACGUAACUGACGAUUAAAAAUCUUGAUAAAAUAUUUAAGAAACGCGUACAGUAUUUCGAUGGCAAUUUUUUGCCGUCAUAUCGAAUUUACUUUUGCGAUUGAAGAUCUCAGGAAAAGAGAAAGAAAAAGGAGAAGAUAUGGUAUGGAAUGGAAAAAUGAUAGGUUAAAUAUUUUACUACUUGGGAAGAAGCGUACGUGGUUUCGAGUUUAUCGUGAAAGCAUUGCGCCGUGCUUAAAAUAUUCACGCUACAGUAUGUACAUAUAUUCAACUUUCAAGCAGAUUAGCGCGUUUGAUACCUAAGGAGAAAAGUAAAUGUUUUAACGAAAUGUUAAAUCCGAGCGAAGACGCGAUAUCAAAUUCGAGAAGAAUCGUAUUAUCAAAUUUGUCGAUUCUGUCAUAUUUUGCCAUAAUUUCUGCUCGAAUUCCCUCGUUAACGCAAUUUUCAAUUUUGUAUUCUCGCCUAUUAUAUGGAUUCCACGCUAUUUUUGCACAAUUUUCCAUAAAUGUAUAAAAAUCCGCAGUUCAGCUACGAUAAACCUAAUCUCCCUAAUAUCGUAUAGAAUAUCCAACGCAAAUUAGGAGGAACGUUAAACCAUAAAAUGACCAUCCUGAUAAAACCGUAACGCACAUAAAAUUUCAAUCCCAUAGUCCCUAAAAUAUACAUAUAAAUAUUUAUAAUAAAAUUUAUUUUCAUGUAUCACGAUCGUACCUUGCAAUUUUCCUAUCUUGCACAAUUGCAUGGAAAGUACAGGAUAGUUAAUGGCUGAAACAGCAACCCUGAUUGAACCUAGUCCGGAAACGUUGCGCCGGUAGGAAAACGAGGGAAGCACUGGCCUCAUCGAGUAUACAUCAUCCAUCACCCAUCUGCAUCCCCAUUCGGGGCACGUAGGCUGUUAUUUGCUUGGAACCGAAGCGUGUUCUCGUUAGGUAUACCGGAAAACGGCUCACGAAAUUUCGGACACCAUCUAUCUAUUCUCCUUCCUCUCUUCGUGCUAAUAUCGCCAGCAACAUUGUAGCACGACGAUAGAGUGAGAUGACAGAACGAGGAUGAAACCGCAUGAAACGGUCGUAAGCUUCUUUUCUAUUCUCGUGUAUCACACGAGGCUGCCGCGGGUGUCACGAGCGGCCAAUUUCCGGAUUCAUUUCCAAAGCAUAGCGAUUAUAUCACAUUAUGUCAUAGCCUUGUACCAUAAAGAGAUCGCAGAGGAAAAAAGCGAUAACUUACAUUUUCCGCUGUUUAUACAGGGGUAAUUUUAAUUCCCCACCGAGGGGUGAUUUAAUGCGCGUGGUUCGCAGUAGCAGAUUGAUUUUAACCUGUUACUAACUAUAGUGUCUCUAUGCACGAAAAUAUUUGAACGCUUGGUACUGAGAGAAAAACAUUUUCAUAUUUCGUUAAAAACGUAACGAUACUUGUAUGAUUUAAAAUAAAUCUGAAAGGAUAUACAGGAGUUACGAGAUAUUUAUCGCAAAUAUUAAUUUCGCAGAGGACAGACGAGUAUGUAAAAUUUAUAGAAAUUAAAAUAUGAAUAUAUUAAUUCACCUGCAUUUGAAUAUACCUGAAUUAGAGUUUCUUAAUAUUUAUUUCUACAUGUAUAUGCAUGCAUAUGUAUAAUUAUAUAUUCAGAACGCGUAUCUUUAAUUUUCCGGAACACGUAUUUCAUAUACACGUGUUUCUUUAUAACGUUCUACUACUAUUAAACAGUUUACCAAAGUUGAGAACAGUAUGCAAUUAAUAAAUAUAAUUUCUCGUUCCAAUUCUAUAUCACAAUUUUUCCAAAAUCUUUCGACCACUUCACAGAUUUGAACAAAAUAAUUCAAAGAUUAUAAACGACGUUAAUUCCACUAAAUUCAAAGCCAUAGAUUCUACAAGCUACCCAACAAACCACUGCCCCAAAGUAUUUGCAUCUCAUUCGUCUUCGUAUUACUCAAUGGCCUGAACUUGUUCCAAUGAAAUUACGCAACGGGUUGGGUCCAUUCACCCUAACCAAUAUAACUAAAACGAUUUCCGUCGGAAUUAUAAAAUCUCAAAUCCAACUAACCGCGCGCGCAAUCUGCUAUGCGAUAUAAAUAAUAAUAUAAGCAUAUAUUUGUAUAAUUGUAUAUUUCUAUCUGGCAAACAAAAUUCCUUGCCCAAUCGUUCCACGACCACGAAAUGUCCAAGAACGCAAGACCAAGCCACGAGAGCGAAGAGAACGCAUCACCACGAGAAAAAAGGAAUUCGACCGCGAGAAGGAGGCAGAACGAGGACGACAAGGUCAUCAGGUUCCGCUGCGACUUCCCUUCGACGCAGGUUAGGGUGAUGCUGGCCAGAGGAUGGACGCAGGUAAUGGAAUGUCCUGUGUUGGCGUGACGACCUUAACGAGCCGAGGGUGGGAACGAAUCACGACCGCGUAUAUCCCCUUAAGGGCUUUUCGCCGCUUAAAUGAAACGACUUUAGAAAAAAGGGGAAAGAAACGACAAAACAUUGAAGAGCGACGAUUAUGCGAAAAUCCUCAUUGUUCGACAGAAUGAUCGCGUGUCACCCUUCGCAGAUUGCGAACGCGAAACUUGCGGUAUAGGAAAACGGAUUUAGCUGUGGUUUAACCGUAUUAUGGGGUUGGAAUUGUUGGAAGUCCUUAGCGAGUAAACUCGAAACUUGUUUCUUUUAAAAGGUUUGCUAAGUUUGCUUUUAAUAGUUGAAAUGUUGGUGAAAAGUAAUUAAAAGUUUCUUUUUAGCACGGGAAAGCUUAAGAUGACGAACUAGAACGAAAAUAUAUAAAUAUCAAUUUUUCGAUUAAAUUAUUUAUAAUUCUGCAAAGUUUGCGGGGUUUCUUUUAGAAAUUUUCCAACUAAAAAGCAACGCGACUAUAUCGAAAUUUUCUCAAAAACUUACCGAGAGAGUUUUUAAUCUUCUACGUUAUGUACACCUUUUUAACUUUGUUUGUUCGUCGUGGUAUUAUUAAUCCUUAAAUAUGCAAAUGAAGAGAGAUUUUACGUAAUUACAACGUUUUCUUUUUCUCUUGAACAAAGUUACGAAUGAAGACAGUUCAAUCGCGAUAAUGUUGAAAUAAACGGCAAGUGUAAAAGCUUUCGGAAUCGCUGUAUUCUGUCAUCGAUAAAUCCAAACUUUAUCAACCAAAUGACCAAUUUAACCGAGUACGAAUUUACAAACCAAAUUAGCGAUGUAACGAGCUCAAAAUAAUCGACCGAUCAAAUUAAUAAUUCACGCGAUGCGGAUAAAUCACACGUGAAUAUGUUCGACUAAUUGCAGAACAAAGCGAAACGUUUGCGAUUAACGAAAUCGAAGUUACGCAAGAGGACAAAAUACGAAAAAGGUAUUCGCGUUACAGCUCCCAGAAGCAGGAAGCAGUUUAUUAUUCGACACAAUUCGCGUAAUCAUAUCCACGAAUAAAUUGUACUUCCUGACACUAAUACGUCGACGAGUGAGCCUCCCACGCGAAUCCUUUAACUCUUUUCAAGGUAAUAGAGCCCAACGAUCAGAACUGGCACCUUUGGUGGUGCGAGAUCAACGACGUUCGCCAGGCUUUGGACUUGAAGCUCGCUUCUUAUCAAAAGAUCCCACACUUCCGGAAUCAUUACGAAUUGACACGGAAGAAUUACUUAUACAGAAACUUGAAACGAUACAAGAAAUUGUUACUUAAGUCGAAUAAGAUAGACGAAGCUGAACUUUGUGAUGGUAUGCCGCUGACGUUCGAACUACCAAACGAUUAUAGGCUAUUCGCGGAGGAGUAUCACAAGCAACCUGGUUCCACGUGGAUCGUGAAACCCGCAGGAAGAUCGCAGGGCAAAGGUAUCUUCCUGUUCAGGAAGCUGAAGGACCUAUCGGAGUGGCGUAGCAAAGAAUUCGGCCAGCAAGUGGAAAUACCACCGGUGGAGACUUUCAUCGUGCAGAAAUACGUGGAGAAUCCUUACCUCCUGGCAGGCAGAAAAUUCGAUCUACGUAUCUACACCCUGGUAACCUCAUUUUGCCCUCUGAAAGUUUGGCUGGCUAGAGAGGGUUUCGCACGGCUGUCGGGCGAGCUGUUCGAUCUGGAGAACAUAGAUGACAGCAGGGUGCAUCUCACUAAUAUGGCGAUACAGCUGAAGAUACACGAUGAUGACGAUAAGAAGGGGGAACUGAAAAGAGGGUGCAAAUGGGCGUUGAUGAAGGUUAGAGAGUAUUUGACCGCAAGACACGGGGUGGCUGCGGUGGAAGCUCUGUUCCAACAAAUUGCCGGUUAGUUCCACCAUCCACACCGAUUAUUAAAUUAUUAGAAACGGUAUUAUCGUGGCGAUGCAACAAGCCGGAUUAAUCUAAAAGAGGAUGACUCCUACGAGCAGUUGUCCCACCGUACAUUUUUCCUAUGGACGUACAAUAUUCGGGUUUUCCUUUCUAUUAUCCCAGUGUCUAAGUUUACUAACGGGGCAGGACCGUAAUGGAGUCCAAUAGCCUUGGAGUCUGCGGAGCUCCUCCUAUUGGAUCGAGGUAAACCAGCAUGAAAGUUUUAGCUAGUAUAAAUUCAACGCUACGCCGAAUCCUCCCCCUAGAGUGGCUUACAGAGUGGCGCGCAAUGUUCGUAAAGACUUGCUCCACGCAAAAAGAAAGAUUGACUUACUGACGAGUCCAUUAGCAGUUUCUGGCCAAACUCUCCCCUUCUGCUUCCCUUCUUUCUUCGUAGCUUCAAGCUUCGCAUUACUGAUAAAAGCAUUAUUAUUCCCAUAACGAUAUAUCAAAUGCUAUCAGAAGUGCAAGUCCAACUAAAAACGCCAUAAAGAAAACCGCUCAAAACGGAUCUCUCCGCCCUCGUCCAAUCUUCCGCUCAUCGAUAUUCCCCAACCUCCAACUCCCCAAGCAGAGUAAUAUAAAAAAAAAAAAAAAAAAAAAAAAACACGAAA